UCCGCGAUGGCAACGUGCUCAACGAAAAGGCCAAGGGGAAGACACGGGAGGGGGCCGAGGAGAAGCUGACGAGCGGCGACCUGCUGUCCAACCGCCGCAUGUUCCACCUGCUGAGGGCCGCCUUCCCCACCGUGCAGAUAAACUCUGAGGAACGUGUUGAUACAACUGAUCAGGAGACAGUCUCUUGGGAUCGCAAUAUUCCUGAAGAUAUAAAAGAAAAAAUACAGCCUAAAGAGGUUCCAGCAGAAAGUGUUACUGUCUGGAUUGAUCCAUUAGACGCUACACAAGAGUACACAGAGGAUCUUCGGCAGUAUGUCACAACAAUGGUUUGUGUGGCUGUAAAUGGGAAACCAGUAAUAGGAGUGAUACAUAAGCCAUUCUCAGCAUAUACAGCCUGGGCAAUGGUGGAUGGUGGGUCAAAUGUAAAAGCUCGUUCCUUCUACAAUGAGAAGACUCCAAGGAUUAUUGUAUCCCGCUCCCACGCAGGAAAAGUGGAGCAGGUUGCACGGCAGACUUUUGGAAAUAAGACUGUGAUAAUCCCCGCUGGUGGAGCAGGUUACAAAGUGCUGGCUCUCCUUGACGUGGCUGAAAAGAAUCAAGAAGAAGCUGAUGUGUAUAUCCACGUCACCUAUAUUAAGAAGUGGGACAUAUGUGCUGGAAAUGCAGUGUUGAGAGCAUUGGGUGGCCACAUGACUACUCUGACGGGUGAAGAAAUUAGUUACACUGGCUCAGAUGGCAAUGAGGGAGGACUUAUAGCCAGUAUCAACAUGGACCAUAAAGCACUAAUUGAAAAACUUCCAGAUUUGGAAAAAACAUCACACAAAUAAAUGUGGUUGAUGGAGAAAUACAAGUCACGCUUUUGUAGCCUCCAGAUGCUCUGUCUAGAGAAGCAGGUUUGAAAACUUGCUGGGAAAGAUGACCGGCAAAGCAGUUUGGUGUGGAUGUGGGGGACUGUAUCAUGCAUUGGGUUUCCUCAGUGGUGGUAUUUAAAAACAACAACAACAAAAAAUCAACAAUAAUAAUAAGCAGAAAUAGGAAGAGGACUGACUGCCUCACACCUCAGUUUCUGUGUCUUUUUUUUCCUUUUGGACUGUUUUCAUGCAGUUCUUACACUCAAGGAGCAUACACGUUACAUAGUUGUGAACAUAGGUGAAUUAAAGAAAAAUUCCAAAUUGAUUCAUAAAAUAACCUAAGUAGUUCUCACAGGAAUUGCUUGGAAGCUUUUACAUCAUGUUACUGUAGUUUUAGCGACUUCUUAAUGAAUUAAGUAGAAACAAAGAUUGAUUUAUGUAGGUGUUUGAUAACUGUAAACAAUCUAGUAGGAAAGAUGACCCUGCGUUCUCUAUCCUCUGAACAGAAAGCACAAGAAGAUUGACACAAAUUUAUAUGCUGCAACAGUCUAUCUUUUGAUAGAGUGGCACUCUUUCUGCUUUUAAGAGGGGGAAAGGAAAAAAAAAAUGUUCUGUACUAUUUUGACUUUUUCCUGAAGAUUUAAACCAGUUUAAUUCAGAUGAGUUGUGAAUGUCAGUGUUUUAUUAAUCAGUGUAAUUAUUUCCAUAUAUCUUUUAGAAGAAAGCAAUGCUUCCUUGUAUAGUUUUUAACUGUUAAUUCUUGUCCUUGCUGACUUCUCUUUACAGUGUUGAAGAUGCAUGCUGGGUUUUCCUCCGAUGUAGGUCUUGUUCAUCACUUGGUGUUUGUACUUACAGAAGCAUCCUCUUCAGUACAUCUUUGUUUUGUUUUUUUCCACCUUUCAGUAGAGUCAUAUGGAACGAGUGUGGCUGAUAGGUUGAUUCCCUUUAUAACAUGCUAAAAGUAGUCAUUUUUUUCUAUUUUUUUUUUUUUCUAUUUUUUCUAGAACCUCUCAAAGUGACUUUCUGUCUUCUUAGGUUAAGGGACAUUCUUUUCUGCUGUAAGUUCUUGAGCCAUCCCAAAUUACUUAUGGUUACUUAAUUUAUACAUAUUUAGACUGUUUUCUGUUAACUUGAGCCUUUUCAAGCAAGCUUGAAGAACAAGUGGCACUUGAAGUCCACAAAAACCUUACUGAAAAAUACCCUUUGUGAGUCCAGUUUACAUAUAGAAUGUGGGCCCUUCGAUACUAAGUGAUGAAUUUUAGAGUACCUCUAAAAUAGGUAGAGUUCUGUGUACAUUGGUUUUGUUGUGUUGUGCACCCCUCUGAAGGGAUUUCAGAAGGUUAAAUCUGUUAUUUUAAUUAUCAGUAGGCUCCUGUUUCUUCUCACAAAAACUAAAAUUCUUAAUUAAUACAGGUGUUUCAGUUUGGCUUUCUAAACCAAAUUCUCAUGUUUGUUUUCAUCUUCUUUCACCAUCCUGCUGUUCUGAUCAAAAAGAGGUUUUUCUCCUUAUGCCAGCUGGGGAGUGUGCCACAAUACAUCUUUUAAUGUUCUUCUUGCUCGCAUUCAUGUUUCCAAAAGACCUCCUCAGAUGUUGCAUACAUACAGAUACAGACUUUUAUUUUGUUAACUUACUGGCAAGGUAGACUGAUGCUUAGUCUCACUAGCCUUUUGGUACGGGUAGAUUUUCUUCUGAUAUUUUUUUUUCCAAUAUUGAUACUGUUGCUGCUAUUUGCGCAUCGCUUUUACACAUGUAGGUAAUAUAUGAAGCAACUUAAUUUCCAGUUAAGUUUAAUAAACAGCUAUAUGCUAUGAUGGAUAAGUAAAUGUACCCCUUUAGAAGAGGCUAAUCUUUUUCAACAAAACCUUGUUGAGCUUCCAAACCUCAAUGAAAAUAAAAGUCCAGGUAUUUACCAAGGCGUUAGUUAUGUUUUACAAGAUUUUUGCAGCUUCCCACCUCCCCCCGCCACUCCCACCUCAUGCUGAUAGAAGUGGCUUGAAGCCUAAUAGUAACUUAGGGG